CGAAAAUCGUGAUAUGAAUAUUGUAUGAGAUUAAUAUGAAUAUGCAUGAGGAGAGUAUUUAUAGUAUAACAACCUACAAACUUCUAUUAGAUAGCACGAACACAUAUUACUGAAUGUACACAAGGACUAUAUUACAUUAUUUUUAUAUUUUCCACGAUGAAUAGUUGACAGUUAAAACAAAGUUUGAUAUUGGAUACAUUUUACAAUUUCUAUAAAGGUUUAAAGAACUCACCAACACCCAUCUCAUUAGGAAUUUAUUAGAGAUCUGAUACAAAGCAUCUAAACAUUGAUAAAUCGACAUGCACCUUGAGGUAUCGGUAGCGCUGAACUUUGUCAUAUCGUACUUGUACAACAAAUUACCACGUAGACGAGUAAACUUAUUCGGUGAAGCUCUUGAAAUUGGAUUAAAAAAGAAGUUCGAAGGUCAUUGGUACCCAGAUAAACCUACCAAAGGAUCCGGAUUUCGUUGCGUCCGUGUUAAUGGCGAAAAUGUAGACCCCGUUAUGAUAAAUGCUACAUAUGAUUGUGGACUUAAUUUGGAAGAAGUGAAAUCGUAUUUGCCAGCUGAACUCACAAUAUGGAUAGACCCAGGAGAAGUAUCUUAUAGAAUUAGCGAAAAAGGACCGGUCAAAAUUCUCCAUAGCGAGCGAAGAGAUGAAGAAAUUACAGAAAGAGCCGAUCGAGAAAUACAGAUGUCAGACAGAGGCUUUAACCCCGAGGCACAAUGCUUUAAGCCGAUUGAUUCGCUAUCAUCAUCGUUAAGUAAUCUCAGUUUGUCCCCAGGGGGACUUUCACCGUCAUCACCUUCGUCAUCGUCAGGGUGGCCGGGUAGUACCUCCACGUCACCGUCCAGUGCUUUAUUCAACUCCGACUUGUCAUCACAUCAAAAUCCACAAUUUCAACAAGAGUAUGCCCCUGCUCCUCCAAAAGCUUCCGGACAUCAAUAUUUUACGGCUGCUACAUUUGCGGCCACUAAAUUUGGAUCUACAAAAUUGAAGACAAAUGCCAAGCGUCCAACUCGUCUUUCACCUACCGAGUUUGGAAACUUCCUUCGUCAAAAGUCAGCCAUGAUAGCCAAAGGUAAUACAGGGUUAUGUUCGCCUCAAAGGCCAAGGUCGUUGUCACCACGUGAUCCGCGAACUGAAUUUCUAUUGGAUCAACACCAGAGGAUUGCCAUGUCUCAGUUACAACAUCAGCAUUUACAACAGUUACAGCAUCAACAGCAACAGCGAUUAAAUUCACCACAACAUCUUGGCCCGUUAGGUUCUCCGCCUCAUAUUGGAUCACCAACCGCUUAUAUCAAUGAUACGUUCGGAAUGUCUUCACCCUCAUCCCCAUAUCACCAACAGCCAUUCGGAAACAUGGUCGAUUUCCUGCCAGGCCCUACAAAUCUUCCGUCACCAGUUGGGUCAAGUGCUGUUUCACCAGAACAGCAAACAUCGUUUUUGGAAGGUUUAAACAUGAGUGCAGGGUCUUACCAAAGUCAAUACCCACACAUGUUACUGGCAAAUUAAUGGGAUAUUGACCUUGAAAUGAAUUUGGAGAACAGGUGCGCUAACAAUAACGUGAAAUGUCAAAUACAUUGGUUAUAUUUUUAUUGUCGUGUUCAGUCGGAACUUUUUUGAAAAACUAUUUUUGAUCUAUAUGUUACUAUAGAUUUUAUCGGUUUUAUAAACAAUAGGAUAUAGAUUGUGUCGAACAUUUUUAGGGUUCUAUCUAUGGUUCAUGGUUAUGACUUCUAUUAGGUUAGAUUUGAUUGUAAAUAUCAAACCAUUACAGUCAUAUUUAUCAUUUUUAAUCAGGACCCAAUAAUAAGGACUAAAAUUUUGUCUUUCAUUUUAAAUUAUUUUAACAGCAAAGAGAAUUUUAUCAUAUUUUUGUAUCAAUAACUGAGAUUAUUUUUCUAUGCUUAGGUUGUGGUUUGUUAUUUUCACCAGAAAUUCAUGUUGUUUUUAUUUGAUCAGUUUGUAAGCUGGUUAAUACAACCUUAAAUACCAAUUUCAAAACCAUGUGUUAGUCUGACGCAAUUAUCAUGCCAAAAUAUUGUUUUUAUCUUUUUAUUCAAUAUUACAUAGGUUCAGUGUAGUUAUUAAAGAAAUACCUGCUGUUUAUUACUCCAUCACAAAAGACGCAUGCGUACAUGCUACUCUUAAAAUGUCAAGGCAAUAGAUGAACAGUUACCUAAUAUAGAGCUUGCUGAAAAUCCGCCUGGUACCAGAUAAAUAGAUUAUUUUUUAGAAACCCAGUUACCAGGAGACUUUUAGUUAUACUUUUAAAAACUGAAAUACGAUAAUUAUUGUUAGAAAGGGAACAUUAGUGCAUUUGAAGUGAAGGGGUAUUACACAAAAGGUAACAGUUCCUUCUUAAACAUCUACAGUGAACCCUUACGACAGGCCACUGAGUCCAUCACAUUGGCGGAUCCAGGGGGUUGGGGUCCGGGGGUUGGAACCCUUUUUUUUAUUGACGAUCAAUGCAUUUGAAUGGGAGCUUAUAGUUGGAGCCCCCCCCCCCCUUUUUACUCUUUGUUGGGACCCCCCUUUUUUAAAAUGGCUGCAUCCGCCGCUGCAUGAUCAAUGGGAAAUUCUAUAUUUUAAGAAUUUAAGAAUUUAAAACUAUUUCUGACAUUGAGAAUCUGUACUAUCUAUGAUCUUUCAAGUCGUCACACCUUGUAAAACAAUACUGUGUUGACCUUGACACCUCCCCUUAACAAUAUGCUGACUUUGACACUUCCCCCUUAAAUAAACUUACUGAAGUAACGAGAGUCCCUAUCUAAAGUCUACAAGAUCGUUUAAAGGUGACUCGAUCACUACAACGUUUGAGCCAUGUCUUAGUGUCUAAGAGUUUGUCUCAAUACAUUUAAUAGUAAUUUUAUUUUUUAUUUUUGAAUGUUAUGUUUCAUAUAUAGCUGUAUAUAGAAAAAAUAUAUAUAUAUAUAUUCGUAAACUUUCUACGUUCAUAUAUUAUCGAUGGUUAUUAUGGCGUGGUAUAAACUUUUAUACGUUAUUAAAUGUUAUCUUUUGUAUUUCAUAUUUUAAGAUAUUUAAUAAAAUAUUUGUUGAAUAAUAAUGAGAGAGAAUUAAAUUCUCGUAAAUAUUUAUUUUUUUUAGUUUAUAAUUGUAUGGACAUGCGAUAUUUCUGGCAUACAAAUUAGUAAGAACAUUCGUUAGUUUCGAACUUAUGAACAAUCCGAAACUGUCGAAUACAAUUAUCAUCUCAAUAUCUUCAUGGCACGAUAGUCGUUUACGUUGGGAAUGUGGGUUUUCUGCUAAUUCGCGUACUUAGCUUUAAUUUAGAACAAGAUAACGAUCUUGUCAUUUUCACAAACUAAACAAAAACAAUUUAGCUCCUCAUCAACUAAAUAUUUUCAGUCUCGACACUGCAUCGCCAGUUUUAUAAAUUGCUACAAUUACCGGUUUUCAAACAAACCUCUUGGUGAUGCACAUUUCCGCAUAAAUAUCACAUGCUUAAGAAAUACGAUACAAAUUAUACAAAGUGACUAAGUUUUCUCAAUCAAUACACAACAAACAUAAUAACGGUUCAACCCAUUGUCAGUAGUAAUUUUUAUCUCCCUCUGACGUAUUUUCAAUGAUUAUUUGGUCUUUACACUUAAUUGAAGAAAAUCCAAAAAUAUUUGUUUAGGACAAUUGCAGCCUAUUUUUAUUUCCGCUCUGUACAAUCGUUACGUGAUCAUCUUCACUUAUGCGUUUGAAAUUGUCAUUAUCACUAGAAAGCUUUGACGUCAAACGUUUUUAUGGGAAAUUGGAAACCAGACUGUCUAUUUUAGUGGUUGUUUCAACUAAUUUGUUUGCCAACAAAUAUGCGUAUAUCCUUAAGAGAGUGUCAGGCCAUGGAUUUUAUGAUUUUUUAUUUCAAUGAAAGUGCUGGACACAAUGAAAGAACUUUUAUCUACCCUCGUUAAAUUUGCCGUUUAAUUUUCAAUUGAUUAACUAUUUUAAACCAGGAGAACAUCAAUGUAUUCAUUGUUUUGAAUAAUUCUAAUUAAUAUUAACUACAGCUUUUCCAAAUGUGUUUUAGUUAAAAUUAAUAUUUUUCUAUUCCCACUUUUUUAUUGGUUACUUCCCUUCUAUGAAGAAAAUUGAUCUUGCGCUGCUACGCUUCAUAUAUGUCCGUUGCGAUAGUGCAAUAAUUUUAAUGACAUGCAGACUCAAUUUGAGCUAUUGUAGAAGGGAAGUAACU